AUGAACAUCUCGAGAACUCUUUUACGUCACAUGAGCCCGAAGGCUCGUUGUGCUGGUAAUGUAACCUACCUGACGACCUCCAGACACUACUCAGGUUACACUAAUAGAAUGGGUAUUUGGUUGAGAGACCACAGUAUCGAGGUUACGAGGGCCUGCACAAGACAAUUGGAGUUCAUUGUUGCUCAGAGGGUACGCAGGAGCCUCCAAUUGUUUGGAUUAUGGACGAAGAUUUGGGACGAUGUGGCUCUGAAAGAGUUCCUGAGAACCUGGAGGAAGAGAUUGAGGAGGAAUGGGAAGGAGUUUUUGUUCAGUUCGGUUGGGGUGACGAUGUUCAACUGGGAGAGGGAUAGAAUUGACAAUCAGGAAUUAUAUAGCUAUGCCAAUGAGAUAGAAGCUAUUCACAAGCUCAAGGAGGCGACUGUUGUUUGCGAGGAUUGCCAUCACAGACUGGUCGUCGAUAAGGCACAACCUGAUGUUGAUUACUGCGAUUGCAAGGAGAAGGUGGCUAAGGUGAAUGGGCUUGAGUGGAAGCCCUUCAUCGAGAGGAAAGACAUGCUCAUAUGGAGGAGAGAGGAGCCAGAUACUGGGGGACUUUAUGCUUAUAAAAUCCUGGGGACUUUUUCUGAUGUGUCUGCAGAUGAAUUCCUUAGGGUCCAGGUGGAUGUCCACUACAGGAAAGAGUGGGAUACCACUGCUAAGAGGCUUGAGAUCAUUGAUACUGAUCCUGAAGGUGUGACUGAUGAGAACCAGAGGAGUGACGUUAUCUAUUGGGAGAUGAUUUGGCCUAGACUUUUCUCCAAUCGCGAUUACGUUUAUCAGAGACGUUGGGUUCUGGAUAAAGAGAAGGGGAUCGUCGUCAUUGUCAGCAGGGGCAUCCAGCAUCCUGCUGCUCCAGACAGACCAGACACCUACAGGGUUAACUCGUAUUGGUCGUACAUGGUUAUUAAACCCUGUAAGGAUUUCAAUGAACCUGGGAUUGAGUUUGGGUUGACCUAUUUCGAGGAUCCUGGGGUCAAUAUACCAUAUACUGUGAGUUCCUGGGUCGCAAUGAGUGGUUUGCCUGAUUUCCUGAACAAAAUGAGGCAGGCUGCGAAGGACUAUAAGUACUACAUAGCAAAAAAUAAAAAACCAGAAGAAGUCCCCGACCUCAGCGAAGAAACUGAUGCUUCAAAUGGUGAAAUAGUGCUCAACAGCCAACCAAACGUCGUGAUAAAAGAACCAGUAUCCCAAGACAUGGGGAUGGAUCCUGCUGUAGAUCCACAAAUUCCCCUAAAUUCCAAUGAAAACAUCACCAAGAGCAUCGAUCCUUGUGAAGUGGAAAUGCAAUCAACAAGUGACGCCGACGAAUUAUCUGAACAGAUGGUUGAGAAACAGAGUAACUAUUUGAGAUAUAUUUUCCUGACCAAGCUGUUUGCAUGACGAUUGUACACAUUUUCAUCGUCUAAUAAUAGCACUGGCGAUGAAAAUAAAUCAAACGUUGUGCUCUCAGGUAAAGCUGAUCGGUUUACAUCACCUUCUGGUGGUCAGUAGGUUUUUAGGACGCCUUGAGCGAAUCAUCCUAAAGAGAACUCAAAUUAACCCCUGAUUUUAAGACAGUGAAAUAGUGAAAAAUUUAGUUUUAUAUGAUGAGGUGUUUGUUUUUGUGGAACUACCUAAAAAAGAGAUCAUGUAAUGAUCGAAUGUGUAUCGAUUGAUCUGUUGAACAGAAUAUUUUUCAUCGUACUAGCCAAAAUUUUCAAUUGUUUUACAAUUCGAUUGAUUUACUUUUAAUUAACGCAGGCUUCUCACAUUCUUCAAUUGUAAAUUUACCGAACAAACAAGUGAAAUUAAUUUUUCUUUAUUGUCUCACCGAUAAACUAUUUUGUACAUAAAUUCGGUGUUGUAUAGAUGUUAAUAGUAAUGUUUUACAUUUGUCACGCAAGAAAAAAUUCCGCUGAACAAUUGGUUGAAGCAUCUGUAUGAUAAAAAAAAUUGAUACAUAAAUCUGUAAACGAAACCAACGUUUCUUUAAUACAUUCCAUUAAUAAUUUA